UCUCUAGGACAUCACAUUCUGUCUCUUUCAGCAUGUACUCUCUCCAUCUCCUGCUCAGGGCCAGCCCUGCUGCCCUGCUUCUGAUUCUUUGCCUGCAGCUGGGGACCACCAAAGCUCAGGAAGACACAACCAGUCGACAGUUGAUGACAAUGGACCUGCAGAUGCUGCAAAUAGCAGAGGCGAGUGAAGAGGCCACAGUGGUGCUUAAAGUUUCAACAGAACUGAGGGAAUGCAUGGUGAUUAAAUCUUAUCUUCUAAGCAACACUCCGAUGGAAGGCAAUUUUAAUUAUAAAUACACCUCCUGCCUCUGUGACAGUCACUCAAGGAGCUUCUUCUGGGACUUGCAAACCAACAGUACUAUAAGGAUAACAGCAGUGGUUGACGUUAUUCGUGAACUAGGUAUCUGCCCAAAUGACUGGGCAGUGAUACCUAUUAAAGCAAAUCACUUUUCUAUCACCAAGAGCCUACCAUAGUCUGAUCUAAACGGAAGCCGUUGUCUCUGCAUACCCCAACCCCGCCAGCAGAUGAUUUCCUCCAAGGAAAGCUGGUUGGGGUCAACUAGCUAACUUUAGUCUCUAAAAUAAACUUCUCACAAGCUUCUCUGA